AUGAUCACCGACGAAAUUCGCUUCAGUAUUAUCGAUGCUGUCUAUCUACGACCUGGCAUCUGGGACUGUCAGAGAGAGAAAACUGUUGGUCCUUCAAGGAAAGAACUUUUUGUAGAGGUCACAAACUUGAUAAAUCAACAGAAUCAGCUCGAUCCAGAGCUCACGCGUGAGUGGUUUCUUCUAUUUACUUUAUUAACCCUUGUAAACCCGUUAGGGGUAUACCAUUCUCUGUCAUACAAUAACGACACCUCCAUGCCGGUGACUCCGAAAUGGAAAUUCUACAGUUCGCUAAUGUUUUUGGAUGAUUUGUUCAGUGUUCAUAGGAAUGUCACAAAACGAAGAAUUGAUGAAGUGUCAGGAUCCUCUCAGAAUGCAAUCGUUCAUGCGAAACGCAUACCACCGCCGCCAUCAGAAGAUGCCGAAGAUGAGGACGAAUAUAUGGCGUUCUGUCGUUCACUUUUACAUCCCUUGCGGGAAAUCGCCUACAAGGACCGUAUACAGUAUCUGAAAGUCCAGAAAGCAAUUCGUGAUCUUUUGCAUGACGCACAACAUGGAUAUGCUUCUUGA